AUGUCUACCUCUCACUCAUUCUCUUUAUCCCUCACUCAUUCACUCACUGUCUCUGCCUCAUGCAUUGUCUACCUCUCACUCAUUCUCUUUAUCCCUCACUCAAUCACUCACUGUCUCUGCCUCAUGUAUUGUCUACCUCUCACACAUUCUCUUUAUCCCUCACUCAAUCACUCACUGUCUCUGCCUCAUGAAUUGUUUACUUCUCACUCAUUCUCUUUAUCCCUCACUCAAUCACUCACUGUCUCUGCCUCAUGUAUUGUUUACCUCUCACACAUUUCCUUUAUCCCUCACUCAAUCACUCACAGUCUCUGCCUCAUGUAUUGUCUACCUCUCACUCAUUCACUUUAUCCCUCACUCAAUCACUCACUGUCUCUGCCUCAUGUAUUGUUUACUUCUCACUCAUUCUCUUUAUCCCUCACUCAAUCACUCACUGUCUCUGCCUCAUGUAUUGUUUACUUCUCACUCAUUCUCUUUAUCCCUCACUCAAUCACUCACUGUCUCUGCCUCAUGUAUUGUUUACCUCUCACACAUUCCCUUUAUCCCUCACUCAAUCACUCACAGUCUCUGCCUCAUGUAUUGUCUACCUCUCACACAUUCUCUUUAUCCCUCACUCAAUCACUCACUGUUUCUGCCUCAUGA